CCAGUUUAGCCUUGAAAACCAUUGGCGACCACAAAGACAGCUCACCUGGUUUUACAUUUUUGUUUCUUAGUCAGUUGCAUACUAGUGAUUUGCUGCCUAGCCGAAGCCACAACUAACGCGGUAAUGGAGGAGUUACUUGAAAGCUACAUUUCAGAGGAAGAACUUCACUGACAAUACUGCUUGUUCCAGAUGGAUAUAAACGAUGGCAUGAUUGGCUAAAUUCUAACUAAAUUUAAUAAGAAUGGCGACCAAAACACUGUUAAAUGGAUAAAAAAUAUAAGGGUGCAGCGAGUGAAUUGCAGUUAUGCGAACCAAAUUCGAACAGAAGUACAACGACGAAUGCCGCCAACACAUCACUAAUCCCAAAACGAAGUUCGACUACGCGUGGUGUCUUCUCAAAAGCAAGUACCGAUUAAACGUCUGCAGAGGCGUCAUCCUCAUGGAGGAACUCUUCAGGGACGGCGAUGAAACUGUCAGGCGUGACUAUAUCUAUUACAUUGCGUUCGGCAAAUGCAAACUUAGAGAAUACAGCGACGCCCAAAGGUAUAUUAAAGCGUUUUUGGAAAUGGAACCUGCGAAUCGACAGGCCAGAGAGCUUCACGAAGUUAUUGUAAAACGCUCCAGGGUGGAUAGCUUGACAGGCGCUGCUAUAGUGACGAGCAUAGCUGCUUUUGUUUUGGGCGUCGGCAUUGCCCUUUUAAAACAUUAACAUUUCCUGAUGUUUGGCCACGACGUGUGAAAAGAAGAACUUUAUAUCAGAUUCUUGUUUUCCACAGGCAAGUCCUCGAACCGAACGAAUCCAUCCUACGACUAUUGCUGAUAUGUCGUCAGUAAUACAUAAGGCACGCUCGAUGCGUCUCUAUAAUUCAAUCAACUUUAUACAGAAUACCGUAUGAACGAUACUCUGUUUAAGUAAUUAUGAACGUUACAGUGUUAGAUGUUGUUAAUAUCAAUAAUUUCUUCAUAAGUUGUUCUGUACCGAAGUGCUGGGCGGGAAAUUUUAAACAGGAUGGCAGCGUUCAUACAUAACAACUUCUGCUUCAGGUGUUAGUUUUUUUCCAAGUUACAAACAAGAAGGAUUGGCGCAUUGGCGAGUUCAACCGAAAAUUCUAAAGCUUUAUGGAAGGCUUAACGACAACGUCUGGACGGCGAAGACGUGUUAUAAUAUGCACUCAUAACGACAUGAUAUAAUGUGUAUGAGGACGUUUCACAGCAGGAGGCUUUUAUAUUUAUCGUAUUCUGUAGUUUCGUAUCAUAAUGCAACUAAUAACCGCUUACUACUCUACUACACAUUUGUUCUGUUAUGUAUAAGGGCUUAUGUUAUACAGCCAAAGGCUUAUGAAAAUAGCGCACAGAUCACGUCCCAGAUCGGCCCCUGAACCGUAAAUGAGCUAUUUAAAUUUAAAAAAUAGGAGUUAUUUAAUUGAUAUGGUUGAGACAAACUGCUGCUGGAAGCCAUCGGGUUCGAUACCCUGAAAGCAAAUCGUCUCGCGUAUAUCUUCACCGAUGAUUUAAUAACAGUAGUAAGAUUUCAUUGCAAAUAAUGUAUCUGUAAACACAGUGAACAAAAAUAUAAAAAACGAUAAACGGAGGGGUAGACGGAACUGUAAGUCAUCAUUACUGUGAAUAAAAAUGUGUGCUGACACUGCAACAUGUCAAAUAUAAUAUGUAAUAUUUCAAAAUAAAUGUAGCAAAUUUAAUUGUAUUGGAGCUUGUUGGUACAAAUUAGCUACUGCACCCGAAGUUGGACCUCACGCGCAGUAAUAUUUCAUGAUUUCUAAACACAUUCUAAAUGAAAUAAUUAUCUU